ACCCACACACCACUCAUCACUCACCUCACAACACACCAGCGCCAAGUACAUCCAUUGGCCACCCACCCACCCACACACGACCUCCACCACCACUCCCCGAGCAGCUAGCAGAAGAGUCCGAGCGAGCGACCAGCUGCCACCGCUCCUCCCCUAGAGUGCACUCAGGCGAGCUAGUCUGCCUGCGGCGGCCUGCCGGUGCGCACCCGGGGAAGGGGGAGCUUGCCGGCCAGGGGGGGUCGUGAGGACAAUGCAUGGCAUUUGUUAACAUGUACAACCCGGAGCACCACCAGUCGUCCUUCAUGGCGCCGCGGAUGUCCUUCUCCAGCGACUUCGCGCUGGAGCCGCCGCCCGCGUCGGCGCUGUCGGCGCGCGGGCCCGGGGACGCCGACUUCGAGUUCUCCGUCGGCAGCCGCCCCAUGAUGGCCGCCGACGAGCUCUUCUCCAAGGGCCGACUCCUGCCGCUCCGGGAGGCCCCGCACGGCCAGGCGGGCCGGCCGACGACGCUGCGCGAGGAGCUGCGCACCGACGACCGCCACGGGCGCGCGCCCCGCGCGCCCAACAUCCGGUGGAAGGAGCUGCUCGGCUUCAAGAAGGCGAACAAGAAGGCCGCCGCCGCCGAUGCUGGCGCCGGCACGUCGUCGGCCGAGGCCCACACGGAUCUUGGAGGGCAAGGAGGCACGAGAGAUCAGUGAAGCGGCAGCCAAGAUUCAUUUACCAAGCGAAAUGGGGACAUGCAUGAUUAGGCAACUAGUCUGUGUGAUUGGGUGGUGAUUUGCCUUUCAGCUUGAAGCACGUCCAUCAUGCAUCCACUCGUUGAAGAUCAGCUAGCAGCCCAAUAUAUAUCGAUGAGCGCUUCAUUGGAGGAGCAAGCAAAUUGAACGGGAGGCCAUGCAUGCAUUCAUGCAUCAAUGUGCAUUUCAUUUUACCGCCUGCUUGUUACCCUUUUUAAUGUUCUUCUUCUUAUUAUUAUUUUGGUGUAGUAAAAGGGGAUUUUUGCUCUUCAGCUGUUGGUGUGGUCGCCUGCGGGUGGAUGCAUGGCUGCAUCGCAAUCGCAUGUAGUAGUGGUCAAAGUAGUAACUCCUCUCUAGUCUAGUCUAGUGUAGCUGCGGCUCUGAAUGUUUUGUAUCGGAAGGGGCCAGUUAAAUGCAGCGGUGGUGGUAGUA